CGGGCACACAAGGUCGUAGCAGCAGCGUCAACAGCUAGCAGUAGAUAUGAUGUCCCUAGCUGCCCGGUCAGGGGCUUUUUCCCCUUACUUGCAGGCUACCGCUUUCACAGUGGCCGGCCCCCUCAAACCUCUGGUGCCGGGCGUGGUUGUGACGAGCGAGAAGAUUUUGUUGGACCCGAAGAAACCGUUCCUGUGCCGAGAGUCACUAAGCGGUCAAACCCCUAAGACUGGGCCCGCGGUGACGGCUAGCGUCAACGGCUGUGCAGGAGUCAGAUUUGCCCACACAGAUAUAAAGAUACCAGAUUUCUCAGACUACAGGCGUCUGGAUGUGGUCGACCCCAAAAAGUCAUCACAGGAAAGCAGUGAAACCAGGAGAGCUUUCUCCUACCUGGCAACCGGGGCCACUGUCGUGGUGGGUGUCUACAGUGCCAAGGCACUGGUGACUCAGUUUAUUUCCACCAUGAGUGCCUCAGCUGAUGUCCUGGCCCUGUCCAAGAUUGAAAUCAAGUUGGGCGAAAUCCCAGAGGGCAAGAACAUGACCUUUAAGUGGAGAGGCAAGCCGUUGUUCGUCCGUCACCGCACAGAGAAGGAGAUCGCCACAGAAGCUGAAGUGAAUCUUUCUGAGCUGCGAGACCCGGAGCACGACAAAGAUCGGGUCAUCAACCCGCGCUGGGUCAUUGUUCUUGGUGUGUGCACGCAUCUGGGCUGUGUGCCCAUCGCAAAUGCCGGAGAAUACGGAGGUUACUACUGUCCCUGCCACGGUUCUCACUAUGACGCUUCAGGCCGUAUACGAAAGGGUCCCGCCCCUCUCAACUUGGAGGUCCCCUUCUACGAGUUUCCAGAGGAAGACGUGGUGGUGGUGGGAUAGAAAACGCUCAUCUCACUCCGAUCACUCUGGUUACAGCUUGGCAGAUAUUUGUUCAUGUGUCAUUUGCAUCUGCCAGCAACAGAAAAACUAAUCAGCCACAACUGUUCCCUGCAGGUGAUGACACAGAUGAGCCAAAACAUCAUCACGACCCCACUCAGACCCGGUAUGAACAUUCGUUCUGAAUAUGUUCUGAUUGCAAGUGGACAGCUCUAAGUUCACGUCUACACACACCCACAUGUGUUUCCUCACAUCCGCUCACAAAAACCACAUCCAGAAGUUAUGUUUCUCGGGACGUUUUUGGCCUCAUUGUUUUUAAAUGUGUGAACACAAAUCCGUCCUGGAUGCAUUAAAGUCCACUUCACCACCUAAUAUACUCCAACCUGCUGCAGUUACACACAGAGCUGAGAGUAUUUCUACAGCACUCGUAGCUGUAGCCAUAAUAUUAACACUGAUCAAAACAUGGUACCUCUGUUCUAAUGGCAGAAAUCUUAUACAUACACAUAUCCGUACAAUCAGAAACUCAAUGUCUGUAUUAUUGCGUACUGUGUGAGGAGAGGAGUUGUGAUCACAAGUGGUCAAAGGAGGACUCAUGUUGUGCAAGAAGAUGCGUAGCUAAACGCGACAAGAGAAGCAGACAUUCAACAUCACAUAUACUAACUGCUGCAAACCACCAAAGAAGAAGAACUCGUGCUAAUGCCUGGUGUGAACUGUUGUACUUGGAGCUGGUCACUUGUGAUUUUAUCUCUCAGGACAGAAGAUGAUACCAGGUCUGAACAGGGUUUUGUGCCAGUGAGGGUGUUCUGACCAAGCGUGUGUAGGGCUGUCACUUUUUUUCCAAAAAUCAAUUUUGCGCAAAUAUCAUGUGAUAUGUUAUUCCUUUGAGCUUCUUCAGACGUUUCACGUCCAUGUAAUUGCUUUGUGAUGGGCUGUAUAUUUUUUUUAAAUCUGACGGGAUUUUAAGGUUUAAUUUCUAACUGAUAUCUGAAUUUCGGAAUUAAAAGUGACGGCCCUAGUGUGCUUUGACGCAUUCCCUCCAUAAGCUGCAGUGUGUAAUCAGUCUCAAGCUUCAAUUCACUCCAUCUGCUCCUCAUCAGUGUCAUCACUUCCCCACAUGUGACUCUGCCAGUGUUGGAGGUCCAGUUAUAUUUAAUGUCAUUCGACCACUUCACACAAUAAAUUUCUGUUACCUCGUAGCUUGGGUUUUAAAAAUCAUGAACGCCAUUCAUUUAGAAAUUACUGUCCGAGUUAAACAUGUGAGCAGCCAGAUGCAAUCCUCUGCUUUCCUGAACAUGAUAGAAAUGUAAGAGAAUACCUGUGCACAGCAGGAACUAAUGUAUUCAGGUGUGGUGGUAAUAAAUAAUUAUAUUUUAUUUGACAGUC